CAGCCGGCGCUUUAUAAAGCGGAGCUUCGGAGAGGCGCGCGGAGCCGCAGCCUCGGUUCUCAAGUGUCGCCCGGUCCCCGGCCCCACCAACCACCCCCUCCACCCCCUGGCCACCUCGCCAGUCACGGGCCACCCCAUCCCCCACCGUAGUGGGGUGAGUGACAGCUCAGGUGACAGCAGAAGGGGACCGAGAGCACCUGGCUUUGGGGUGGUGGCUCGGGGCAUGAGGCGGGGGCGCGAUGUCGGUGCCGUUGCUCAAGAUCGGGGCGGUGCUGAGCACCAUGGCUAUGGUCACUAACUGGAUGUCGCAGACGCUGCCCUCGCUCGUGGGACUCAACAGCACAGUGUCCCGCGCGGGCUCCUCGGAGAAAAUCACUCUCUUCCAGAGCCCUGAAGAGGGCUGGCAGCUGUACACCUCUGCGCAGGCGCCAGAUGGUAAAUGCAUCUGCACAGCAGUCAUUCCUGCGCAGAGCACCUGUGCCCGCGACGGCCGGAGCCGUGAGCUGCGACAGCUCAUGGAGAAGGUCCAGAACGUGUCGCAGUCCAUGGAGGUCCUGGAGUUAAGGACAUACCGUGACCUCCAGUAUGUGCGCAGCAUGGAGACCCUCAUGAGGAGCCUGGAUGCAAGACUCAGGGUGGCUGAUGGGUCAGUUUCCACCAAGAGCUUCCAGGAACUAAAGGACAGGAUGACAGAGCUGCUGCCCCUGAGCUCCGUGCUGGAGCAGUACAAGGCGGACACACGGACCAUCAUGCGCCUUCGUGAAGAGGUGAGGAACCUCUCCGGCAGCCUGGCCACCAUCCAGGAAGAGAUGGGCGCCUAUGGGUACGAGGACCUGCAGCAGCGCGUCAUGGCCCUGGAGGCCCGGCUCCACGCCUGUGCUCAGAAGCUGGGCUGCGGAAAGCUGACAGGAGUCAGUAACCCCAUCACCAUUAGGGCCAUGGGGUCCCGCUUUGGCUCCUGGAUGACUGACACAAUGGCUCCCAGCACGGACAGCCGGGUCUGGUAUAUGGAUGGCUAUUACAAGGGCCGGCGGGUACUGGAAUUCCGCACUCUGGGAGACUUCAUCAAAGGCCAGAACUUUAUCCAGCAUCUGCUACCGCAGCCCUGGGCAGGCACAGGCCAUGUGGUAUACAAUGGCUCACUGUUCUACAAUAAGUACCAGAGCAACGUGGUGGUCAAGUACCACUUCCGAUCACGGUCGGUGAUGGUGCAGCGGAGCCUCCCAGGUGCCGGCUACAACAACACCUUCCCCUACUCCUGGGGGGGGUUCUCAGACAUGGACUUCAUGGUGGAUGAGAGUGGACUGUGGGCUGUGUACACCACCAACCAGAAUGCAGGCAACAUUGUGGUAAGCCGGCUAGACCCUCACACCCUGGAGGUGGUAAGGUCCUGGGACACCGGGUACCCCAAGCGCAGUGCUGGGGAGGCCUUCAUGAUCUGCGGUGUCCUCUACGUGACCAACUCCCACCUGGCUGGGGCCAAGGUCUACUUCGCCUACUUCACCAACACAUCCAGCUAUGAGUACACUGAUGUCCCCUUCCACAACCAGUACUCACACAUCUCCAUGCUGGAUUACAACCCCCGAGAACGUGCCCUCUACACCUGGAACAAUGGCCACCAGGUGCUGUACAAUGUCACCCUCUUCCACGUCAUCAGCACAGCCGGAGACCCCUAAGUGACACUCCCCCCCACCCCACCCCCAGGGCCCUGUGACCCUCUUGCCCUUCUCUUGGUCCCUGUCAUGCCCCCACCCCGGCUUCCUUCUCCCUCCCUCCCCUCCUUCCUGGCUCAGUUUUCUGUUCUCCUCUGUAUUUCCAUCCUUGAGGUUUCUCAGUUGUCUUUUCCUUUAUGGUGUUUGAUACGCUACUUGUAUCUGCCCCUUUACGGAAGCCUGUCUUUUUGAGCUCACUCCUCCCUCUUCCCCAUCUCCUAACCACCUCAUUCCUUCUCAUCUGUCCUCCCCUCUCCUCUCCCUCUGCUUCACUCCCCACCCCACCCCAGACCUGAGUGCAUGGAUCUUUUAUUAUUUACACAUUUUCUUUCUGGGUUGCCAGAAUAAAUGGGACCUUUGACAUUUGA